CUCCCAGCUCCAAGCACCGUCUAUCUGACCUCCGGGAGAAUAAGUCAUUAAAAUAUGAGUCUUUCACUGUGAAAACAGAGAUGUUCUCUGUUAUAUUUAGAAGAAGCACCUUCACUGCCCAGAAGGUAUUGCACUGGGCAGUUCCUCCACAGAGAUGCUGGAUAUCUUCGCUGGCUGGAGCUUCUGAUGGUGGAUCCAGCCGCCCAACGACAUGUUGGGCCUCAUCAGCCAGGCUGCCCUGUCCAGAACAGGCUGCUGGACCAGCAAAAGUUGCUGCUGUUCUUGGUUUCAUGAGGAACGAACCUUUCCUGAGCCAUAGUGCUGCAUUUUUAGCGAGGAACCAACAUUUCCACUCUUCUGCUGUGAGGCAGAAAAAGCGUCCACAGCCUUUACCGCCUCCCAGAGAGCUUGAUCUGCUCCGUUAUGACAUGAAAGACUUGUGGAAGGGUCCCAAACCUGCCCUGUACCUGGGGUUAGCAGGGCUGAUCCCCUUCGUCUCACCGACUCUGUUCAUGGCUAUGAGUGAAAUCUACAUCCCAGAGUUGGCCUACGCUCAGUUAGCUUACGGCGCCUCCAUCGUUUCCUUCCUAGGCGGAGCUCGCUGGGGAUUCGCUCUUCCUGAGAGCAGCCCGGCCAAACCUGACUGGAUAAACCUGGCCAACAGCGUGGUUCCCUCCCUGUUGGCCUGGGUGGCGAUGCUGAUGAGCGACAGCAUCAUUCCUGCAGUAACCAUGGUGAUCAUGGGACUUGGAAUCUCGCUGCAUUAUGAUCUGUCUCUGCUGCCCACCUACCCCAGCUGGUUCAAAGCCCUGCGCUCAGUCCUGACUUUCGUGGCAUUUUUUUCUCUUAUUGGGACACUCGUAAUUAAGGAAAUCUACCCAGAAAAGAAGAUUUUCACAGAUUAGUAGUAUAAAAAAAUAUGCAAACUGUGCUUUUGUUUUGAUGAUCAAACUUCACGGUUUUUCUUGAUGUUUGAAGUUUCUGCCCCAGGUGACAUCUUAAUAACUGUCUGUACGCUUUUGUUUAGUUGCAAGUUAUAUUGUAUAUUUAACAGAUCAUGACAUGACCUCACCUGUGUAAAAGCAGAAAGUGUCAUGUGCACUCAUCUUUUAAAAGGAGGCUGCAAUGAAAUAUAUUCAUGGAUGUUUCCUCUCUUAACAAAAUGACUUCAAAAUGACUUAAUGAACCAUCCCAAAAUUAUUCUUAAGGAAUACAUUUGUGACCCUUUUUUUUUACCACUGGGAGGCGCCAAAUUCAGAAAUUCUACAUUUGCAUCAUCAUUUAAUGAACUGAACAAAAUGGACUGAAAAUGUGGAGUA